UGGGAAAACAUAUUUCUGUGAGACCCGUGAAAGUCGUGGAGGUAGAAAGAGGAGAAAAACACGCAGCUCACACUUUUUAACAGACAACAAAACUAACAGCAACUUUUCAGAACUUUUUUCAGUUCUGAGAAGCAGUAUUAAUAAACUUCACGGGUUAAUUGAAGACCCCAGAGCACUUGAAGCACAGCUGAACAGUUUUCUUCACAUAAUGUCCAACUUAAUAAAGGUUCUGAGCGAAGAAAAGCAGAGGAUUGCAGAAGACGCAAGAAAGGCUGCUUCUGAGAUAAUACAGGAUGCUAUUGAUAAAAAGUGUUAUGGCCUCCCAGUCACCUUCCACUACACUUGUUCAGAACCAGUUGACUCCUACACGUUCUGCUGCAUUCCCACCAAGGAAUUUCUGCAGAACAUUCUAGCCAAGCUCAGUGAAGCACGUUUCAUAGAGGACACCGACCCUGAAGAGAGUGAAACCUUUGCUUAUGUCAUUCCACAGGAUAAAGAUGGCAUUAUUUAUUUGUGUAAACAGUUCUGGAAGGCAGAAGACACACUGUGUGAAGAUUCAAAGCCUGGAACACUAAUCCAUGAAGUUUCUCAUCUGUUGGGUACAGAGGACAUCUUUUAUGAACACAUGACUGUAGAGUUAUAUGAAGAGUAUGGGACUCUGCUGGGCAAGUCACAAUCUGUCAUGGAUCUCAAUGGAGAGAGACAUAGGGAGGAAGUGUUUCAGGUGAAUGCCAACUGCCUAGAGCAUGAAUUUGAGACCAUCAUCAACCAUGAGGGAGCAUACUCUGAUGGUAAAUACCAGUGCUGCAGAGAAACCAAGAAAAACUCUGUUUGCAAACAUCGUUCUACAGGCCAUUACUAUCUGCAUGAAAGAUUCUCCUACCAAAGAGAUGAGAUGAAGCGCAAGCUGGAAAAGUUCCAGAAAGAGAUAACUGCUCGCACAAACCAGGAAGAAAAGAUAAAAUAUGUGAAGAAAAAGAACCAGGCCUGCAAGAAGAUUCCUGUUAUUGGGGCCUGAAAACAACCAGAGGAAAUACGUUCAGCUUCCAUGAUAAUAAAUGCUAAGAUUAAUUUAGUUAACCUGAAUCCAAACAGUAGGGUAUUAGAGAUCAAUAUUUCAGAUGCUAUAUAUAGUACAUAGGUUUGGAUAUGCUGUUUGUUUGUUCAUUUAUUCACUAGUGUAAGAAGAAUAAAUAUCAGUAUCAGUGUUAAAUGUUAGCUCUUUAGGUCUGCAUUUCAUCCUCUUCAAGUUAGUAUGAAAUUUAUGUUCACUGAUUAAUGUCACUUUUCUUUUGUAGUGAGUCAUAUUUAACCUUCAUACUGUGUUGCCAAAGAUUAUGUACAAUUAAAUUUACCAGAGCAUAGUUUUUGUGUUUUCUUUUUUUGUGUAUUCCAUAGCACUUCUCUGCUUUUAUUAUUGCUGCUUACAGUUAAGUUCCCUCAUUUAUUUGCAGUAAAUCUAUUUCAUUUUUCCAUUUGUUUAUAUUGAUUCUUCCAUUAAAAGUGUCUGCCACUAUUUCCAGUUGCACUGGUUCUGAUGCAUAACUUACAGUUCAGGUAUUUAAAUUCAGAUUUUGAGUUUAUUUUAGCAUUUG